AUGGGAGUCCUUAUCAACCUCCGAGGCCGAAGCCUCUACUGGCUGAUGAAGUUCAUAUGCGGAACUUCCUUCAUGAUGUAUGGGUACGAUGCUGGUGUGCUCGGUGGUGUGGUUUUGCACAAGCCCUUCCUGGAUGCAAUUGGCAAUCCCACGGGAGAAUGGGUCAUACCGUGGAUUUCCAGAUCUUACUCCUUGUCGGCGUGUAUCACCUGCCUGAUCGUGGCCACCUUUGCCUUCAAGAUUGGCCGGAGGGGGACCAUUCUUUUGGGAAAUGCCGCCGCCAUCGUCGGUUCCAUCAUUCAAGCCACCGCCAACUCUGUGGCACAACUAACCGUUGGUCGAAUCAUAACGGGCUUUGCCAUCGGCUGCAUUUCCAGUGCUGUGCCCACCUACCUUGCGGAGACUGGAGUUGAGAUAGGAGACCGUGGCCCUGCGAAUGCGUUCAACGCCAUAAUGCUGAUUAGCGGCGUCCCGAUUGCGUACUGGAUUGACUACGGUUGUAUCAAGUCCAACGGCCAAUGGAGCUGGAGAGUCCCCAUUACCUUUCAAUGUAUCUUCGCGCUUACUGCGGGAGUGUGCAUGCUCUUCCUCCCCGACACACCCCGAUACUACUAUGCAAAGAACCGUCACGCGGAGGGCGACGACGCAUUGGAACGGCUGAAUGAUGCCCCCGUCGAUUCAGAACAAGUCCAGACGAUCAAGCGGGAGAUCCUAAUCGCCAUCGAAGCAGAAGAGGAGGCAAAGUCAAGUUUACAUUGGAAGGCAUUUACGACCAGCGGCAUCAUCGACCGCACACCCAUGAAAAUCAUCCGACGGCUGUGUAUCUGCUUUUGGCUCCCAAUGAUUAGGGAAUGGAUGGGCUCUUCAUUGCUUGCCUAUUGGAGCUCUGUGAUCCUCAGCCGGGUUGGCGCCCGCCCCUCCCUCGUUAGCUUGCUUGCGGGCAUCCUCAACAUCUGCUUUGCACUCGGCUGUGUCCCACUCUACUUUACUAUCGAAAGAGUCGGACGUCGCUCGGUUCUUCUCUACGGGGCUUGUGUUAUGUCGGUCCUGAUGCUUAUUUUCACCGUCCUCCAAGCUGUUUCCCCCACACAAUCAGUUCAAUGGGCAGGGAUCGGCAUCAUCUUCGCCUUUCUCUUCGUGUUCGGCUAUGCCUGGCAGGGCUGCGUGUGGUUGUACUGCUCCGAGAUCGCGCCGCUCGAGUACUGA